AUGGAUUCUAUUAAUCAACUUGAAAUGCAAGAACCAAGCAUUGAAACGGAUAAGCUCAGCUACGAAAUCUUCUCUAUUCUAGAAAGCAAGUUUCUCUUCGGUUACGAUGAACAAAAACUUUGGAUCCCUAAGCAAAUUCCUGCUACAACUGCUAUUGAUUCUCAACUAACUCAAACCGUUGACGGAGUUUCCUCCGUCAAGAAUCAGCGUGGGAAGAUAUGUAUACUCGCAAUCGACGGUGGUGCUAUGCGUGGGAUUCUUGCCGGAAAAGCACUGGCGUAUCUUGAAAAGGCGUUGAAGAAAAAAUCAGGUGACCGGAACGCGAGAAUCGCGGAUUAUUUUGAUGUUGCUACCGGCUCCGGCGUUGGAGGUAUUUUCACUGCGAUGCUUUUUGCGACAAAAGAUCAACGAAAACCGAUUUACUCCGCGGAUGAUACAUGGCGGUUGUUAGCGGAGCAGGGGAAGAGAUUCUACGGAGGCUCCGGCAGCCGCGGGUUUUUGAAGAGACUGUUCGGAAGCGGCGGUUCGAGUUCGGUUGAAACGGCGACGGCUGGUCUGGAGAGAAUCGUUAAAGAAGCGUUUACGGCGGAGGACGGUCGUUGUUUAACGUUGAAAGAUACACUGAAACCGGUUCUGAUACCGUGCUAUGAUUUAUCGAGUACGGCGCCGUUUUUGUUCUCGCGUGCUGAUGCGUUGGAAACGGAUAGUUUUGAUUUUCGUUUGUGGGAAGUGUGUCGAGCGACUUCGGCUGAACCGGGUUUGUUAGAACCGGUUCAAAUGCGGUCUGUUGAUGGACAAACCAAAUGCGUGGCGGUUGAUGGUGGUUUGGCGAUGGGUAACCCAACCGGUGCGGCUAUCACGCACGUGCUGCAUAAUAAACAGGAGUUUCCGUUCGUGCGAGGCGUGGAGGAUCUUCUUGUUCUGUCUCUUGGAACCGGUCAACUGGUUGAAGUUAAGUGUGAUUAUGAUCGUGUGAAUCGCUGGAAGGCUAAGGAUUGGGCCCGGCCGAUGGCGCGUAUUUCGAGCGAUGCCUCGGCGGACCUGGUUGAUCAGGCUGUGGCGAUGGCGUUCGGUCAUUGCCGGAGUACUAAUUACGUUCGAAUUCAGGCAAAUGGGUCGAGUAUGGGCCAAUGUGGACCAAGUGGAGAUACAGAUGCGAGUCCCGGCAAUGUUAAAAUGCUGAUGGGAAUAGCAGAGGAAAUGUUGAAGCAGGAAAAUGUAGAGUCAGUUCUGUUUGGAGGGAAGAAGAUUGGGGAGCAGAGUAAUUUCCAAAAACUCGAUUGGCUUGCUGGAGAACUUGUUCAAGAGCAUCAGAGGAGGAGCUGCAGAAUAGCUCCCACUGUUGCUUUCAAACAAGCAACUCCAAAACCCACCUAG